CCCAAUUCCCCCUUUUCCUCCUCCUCCUCGUCGUCCUCACCAAGACACCAAUGCAUCUCCUCCACCUCCACCUCCCCUUCUCCCACCUCCUCCGCCCCGCUCGUGCCCUCUCCUCCUCCUCCUCUUCCGAGGGCUCCCUCCCUCCCGCGCGCGACCGCGUCGUCGACUUCGGGCGCCACAGGGGGCGGCGCCUCGGCUCGCUCCCCUCUUCCUACCUCCGCUGGGUCGCCUCCACCCUCCGCGCCCGCGACUCCGAGCCCUGGGCCCGCCUCGCCGACCAGGUCCUCGCCGACCCCGUCUACCGCGACCGCCUCGAGUGGGAGCACGCCGCGCGCCUCCUCUCCGGCGACGCCCUCGGAGCCUCCUCCUUUUCCCCCUCCGGCCCCGGCGGCGGCGUCGUCGCAGAGCUCCGCGACGUCGCCGAGCGCUUCGGGUGGGACUACGACGACAGGGAGGGGUGGGCGCGCGUCGAUUUCCAGCUCCUCGGCACCUCCUUCGGGGGGCGGAUCCCCCGAGCCCGAAGGGGAUUGGGCGGAGCAAAAGGUAGGAUUUUGGAGGCGGAGGAGGAGGAGGAGGGGGUGGCUGUGCCGAUGGUGAGGGAGAAGAGAGAGGAGAGGAGGGAGAGGAGGAGGGCGAAGAGAGAGAAGCAAAUGGAGACGGUGAGGAGAGAGGUGGGAGUAGUAGCAGAAGAAGCAGAGAAUGAGAGUAGUAGUAGCAGCAGCAGCAGUAGUAAUGGUGGUUUUGUGAAGGAGAAGAAGAGAGAGAGUUUACUAGGGAAUGGUAAUGGGAAUUUGUCGUGUAAUAAUCCUUUCCCGGGGCGAGGGGCUCUUCUCGAUAUGAUCAAGAAGAGGCAGGGGAGAUUGAUUUGAUCUGAUUUGAUUUUGUUUCCCGUUUUGAUGUUUAGUAUGUUGCUGAUACAACAUCAAUUGUUACAAGCUUGUUUAGCAAUGGAAAUGAUGAAUCACAUAAAUGUUUAGUUGAAAAGACCUCA